UGACUGGCGGCGGCGGGGUCGGACAUGGUGACGUUCGCGGAGCAGUCGUGGGCCUUGUUUGGUGCCGGUGUUCGGGCGGUGCUGGAGGCCUGGCCGGCGCUGCAUUUCGCCGUGGAGAACAGCUUCGGGGGAGCCCACAGCCGCGAGAAGGCCCUGUGGCUCGGGGGAGCGGUCCGGGACUAUUUCGUCCAGAAUGCUGACCUGGAGCAGGAUGAGGUCGAGGACUUCCUGGCUGACAUCAUGAGCACCGAAUUUGAUACCCUCGUAGAAGAUGGAAGCCUGCCCCAGGUAAGCCAGCAGCUCCAGACAAUGUUCAGAUACUGCCAGAGAGGUGAAGAACCCUUGCUGAGAGAGUUCAUCACUCAGAUGGGUCGGAAGCAGAUGGAGGUCAAAGUCAUGGAGGUCCGGACAGUCGACAAUAACUCAGACCAGGAGGAAAAAAUGGAUGGGGGAGCUGAGGAAAUGGAGGUGACUGACAGCAGGGAAACCCCUGCCCUGCCCUGUGGUACCAAGGCUGAUCCAUCAGCUGUCACUAGCCUGGCCUCCAUUGGGCAUGAAGCUGCUGAAGAGGGCUGGAUUGUCAUCCAGAGGAAAAAGAAGUGAGAGCCUAGGCCUUCCCCAGUGGCCUUGGCCGGGUCUUCCAGGUGUGCUCCAGGAUCUCUCAGGGAAGAGCAUGUUCUGAGCCUCUUGCUCCACCCCAUGACAUCACCUGCACAGCUAUGAAACUAGCCUAGAGCACCCAAAGGGGCCCCGGUCCAGGUGGAGUCUCUACUUGAGAGCUUUGGGUGCCUGGCUUUGACAUUUCACAGUGUCCCGUGAGCUUCGGCAAGUCACCUGACCUCUUUGGGCCUCCAUUUCCUCAUCUGUAGAAUUGGAGGGAUAGACAUUGACUUUGCUCUGCUUCACAGGGGAAUGGGGAUAUGAAGAGAUGAAUCGUGGAAAGCAUUCCCAGCCUUUGUUCACCCCUGUUGCUCCCCAGGACCAGUUAACACCUGCUCAGAAUUGGGGUCAGCUAGAAAGAGCAGCGCCUCAGUGGAACUACAAGCAGACGUCUCCUUCCCUUACCCACUCACAUGGCCUCUGGCCUAAUCUCAUUCCCUUCCCCUCCCUAGUCAGUUCUCACCUCAACUAAAGGAACCUCCAAACUUGUUUCUUCUGUGUCUACUUCAUGCUUCACACAGUUACCAAAGUCAUUUUCCCAAGGGACAAACAGACUUGGCUAUGUCACACCCAUACUUAAACAUUCAGUGACUCCCUUUCCCUUCUAGGCUAGACUCCAAAGUGCUCAGCCCAGCAUUUAAAGGCCUACACAGUAUUCCUUUCAUCUGCUUUUCCAGGCUGAUGGACCUGCCAGACCUUCCCACAUUCUUCCCCUGUACUUGGAGUCUUCUCCUCCCUUCUUCACAUUAGCCUCUCAAGCCAGACCCUCAGAGCUGCCUGGUACCCUUAGCCAGGUAAUGGGGUUCCUUUUCCUCAGAAGGACAGUCUGUGUUCUCAGUAAUGAUAAAACAAGUGUGAAGGUUUGUAGAGGAAAAGCUACUUGUGGGUAGGGCCUCUAGUCUUGGUGGCUCCCACUCACUAAUCAAUGCUUGUGGGAUUGAAAUGAA